AUGCAAAAUGAGGUGCCGCUCGACGCGGUGGUCGACGUGACUGCUGGUCGAGGAACGGUCCGAUUCGUGGGGAAUACGGCAUUUGCACCUGGUAAAUGGGUCGGAAUCGAACUCGCCGCGCCUAAUGGAAAGAACGAUGGUUCGGUCAAGGAUGUUGUGUAUUUCUCCUGCGCCCCCAAUCACGGUGUCUUUGUGAGGCCGAGUCAAGUCAAAAUUGUUUCCACACCAGGUCAGGCCAGUCGACCCGCAUCUCGAAAUGGACCGCGAGGGUCAAUGCCCUCGACGCCGGCCCGUCAAUCAUCUUCCCGUUCUGUAAAUACACGUGCCGGAUCCCCAGGCCAAGCAUCGCCCCUAACCAUUCGUACACCGUCCAAUUCGCGUCUCCCGGCGUCCAAGCUGCCCCCUCCCAGCCCUAUCUCGGCAACGGCUGCUCGCCGGCCAACUCUCGCACCUCACAAACGUACAGGAAGCACAUCAGGCGCACACCCAUUCGCGCAAAGCCCACUCACAAGAGCUCAGCCUCCGAGAACAACCAGUGUUCAGUCCGGAUCGACUAGACUCGAGUCCGAUGAUGGAAACGGAGAAGACGACGAGGACGAUACUAUCACGCGGCCGUUGGAAGAGAGAAGACCCUCUGUUGCUGACUCGGAGAGAGAGAUACGACAUUCUCCUAUUGAAUCUCGUCCGCCUAUCUCUCGCCUGGUUGUACCAGCUCAAUCCCCAGCAAACUACCCAACCAGCAGUCCACUCAGUCCUUCUAAGCCCUCUGUUUUACCACUUGCGUCAACAGGAGGGAAUGAGACCGCUCGCGUACCUUCGUUGUCAAAACAACCUUCACGAGGACUGAUGCUUGAACCUUCGAGUAUGAUCGUUCGUUCUGAAUCCGAGACCAUGGCUGUCGUUCCUCCCAGCCCCAAAUUGGCUGCUCCCCCGAGUCCCAAACAAGUCAAGGAGGACGCCGAAUUACGUGUCAAGCUACGCGUACUUGAAUCUAAACGGACUGAAGAUGCGCGUCUCAUACCAAAGCUUCAAGCUCUACAAACAGAACUCUCACAGACAAAACGAGAAUUAGCAGACCAACAGGCUGAAAUGUCAACACUUGAUGAAAAGGGGGUUGAGGCUGCCGAGCAACUAGAAAUGGCUAUGUUGGAUAAGGAGGUAGCAGAAGAGCGUGCUGAGGCCGCUGAACUCGAACUUGAAUCUGUCAAAGAGAAGCUAGCUGAAAUAGAAAUUGAACUGCAAUCUUUGAAGGAGGGUGGUACUCCCGAGGGUGGUGGCGGGGAAGCAAAGAAGAGCCUGGACGUGAUACAACUAGAGAAACAUAACGAACGACUGAAGGAAGCCCUAAUCAAACGCGGAGCAGAAAGAAAGAUAGCAGAGUUAGAGCGGGAUUUGAGUGGGAUUGACGAACUUCAGACCGGGUACGAAGAGACGCUAUCCAAGCUCGCCAAUGCCGAUGCACAGAUCGAGGACCUCAAAAUUCAGCUGGACGAUGCACUUGGUGCUGAGGAGAUGCUCGUACAAUUGACAGAUCGGAAUUUGCAGCUCAGUGAGAAAAUCGAAGAGAUGCGUGUGUCGAUCGAGGAUCUUGAGGCACUUAAAGAACUCAACGACGAGAUUGAAGAGAACCAUGUCGAGGCUGAGCGGGCUAUGCAAGAAGAAAUUGAUGGGAAGGAUAGCCAAAUACGCGAACUGAACCAAAAGAUCGAGACGCUUGAAGAAACGAUUACGGAUUAUGAAGGCACGAUUGUGCAAUUUAGAGAGCUUGUUGGACAUAUGCAAGGAGACAUGGAAAAUCUCCGUCAAGAGAACCAAAUCCACCAAUCCGAAUCCUCCGCUCAGGCCACCCAAUCUGCUGCAAUCCUCUCGCUCAACAUGCGCUUGCAAUCGACCGCGGCCAAGAAUCAGGCCAAGAAUAUCGAAUUCGAGUUGCGUAAAUUGGACGCGGCACAGGCAAAAGAGUGGCUGGCCAUCGUGCAGCCGUAUCUGCCACAGGUCUAUGUCGAAGUGGAUGCAGACGCGACCGCAUGUUACAUGUUCUUCCAACGUCUAGCGACGAAAGCUGAACUUAUUGCAAACGUGGUUGGUUCAGCACACGGACUCCCUGAAAGUCUGUCCGGAAGCGUUCCGGAGAGCUUGGUCGGUGUUUGUGAGAUGCGUGGCCGGAUGUAUCACCUUGCAUGUCUUUGCAAACGAUUUGCGAGUGUCCUGCGUAAAUGCGACGUGAAUACAUUCCAUGCUGUCGGGAGGUUAUUCCCUGAUUUAUCGCCGAUGGAGAAGAGGCUGGAUAUGCAUGUCGAUCUGUUGAAACGGGAUGAAUUUAGGAUAUGGAGUGUGUUAGCGAUAUUGCCAAGAUGUUAUCUCAGUUUGAACACCUCGCAGAUACAGCCUUCUCCGGAUUUGAGGCUGACCUCGCCGAGAAACACUCGAUUUAACGAUGCAACUCGACUGCGAUUUGGAUUCAUUCGUAGCUGCCAUUGGUUUGACCAAGACGCUCUGGAGAACUCUAUCAAGGACGAAGAUACGGUUCUUGAGUACGGUGAUUUGGACAUUGACCGCACAUUGCUUGAGCCUAUAGCUCAAAUCUUGGAACAUCCAAGAGCGCCAAGCUUGCUUUCAAGUAAGAAACUUGUCCGCCGGGUAGAAGACUUGAUCCAAGAAAGCUCGGCAUUGAAACUUGACCUCGUACCCAAACUGACGGCCCUGACUACAACCAUGAUCAAAGGCUGCGACUUUGGGAUCCAACUAGCCCAACGUAUCGGAUCAUACCUUGCCGACGUUCGUGCACAGAAGCAUAACUUCCAACUGGCUAGCGUAUUGUUGCAUGUGCGCGAGACGGCGGCGGAGACCAUGUCGCAGCGGCCCGGGACUGUGGGUUCAUGGGAGGCGGUUGGGCAGCUUGUCGCUGGAUUGGUCAAGGAUGCGACAGCGCUUAUGGAACCUGCGAUGGAACAGGAGAAUAUCCUUAAGCUCGUAGGCGAGGCACCGUGGGUUGUGAGGAUUGCAGAAGUCAAGGCGUUGUCUGCUGUGAAUGUUGAUGCCGAGCGAACGGUCAACAAACUUAAUGAGGAGAUAAAGGACCUUAUUCGCAGUAUCAAGACUCGGGAUCAAACCAUCCAAGAAACCAGCGUCAAGAUCGAGCUCAUGGAGCGACGAAUGGAAACUGUCAAGAAACAGGCCGACGCCAUCAAACAAGAAAAGGCCUAUGAAGAGGCACUCGAACAACUACAGAGCGAUUUAGACGAGAUGGGCCAGGAGAAUGCAAGGUUGAAACAGGCUACAGCCGGGAUGGAAAAGCAUGCCUCUGGUAUGCAGCCUGCGGUGGAAGAACCUGUCAUUGCAUCCGGAGACCUGGAAGCAUCACAUCUUCUCGAACAGGCAAGUUUGAAGCAAUUCCUGACGAUAUAUGUGGCUAACACCCCCCCUUCACAGAUCGAGUCCUUGCGAGGAGCGGUUCGCUUCCUGCGACACGAGAACUCGUACCUCAAGAGCCAGGAUCUCCUCCGCGAACUGAAUUCCCUCCCGCCUCUCGGAGACAAGCCGAUUCCCGUUACCUUGUCUCGUAUAUCACGUACCUCUGCUCGUCCAUUGACCACCGUCGUCCGUUCCCCGACACCUCUUUCGGAGGUAUCAGAAGAAGAAUAUCUCAUGGAAGAACUCCGCGACGAGUACGAUUCGGAGGAAUCCGAGGAAGCAGAAAGGCCUCCGUCGCCUCAUGCGUUGGCCACCGAAUCCAAGCUACUCUACCGGGACCUGUUGCUGACCAGACAGCUACAGCCAGAGCCAGAGCUUCAAGAGAACAACGAAAACGAGGAAGAGAACGAGGAGCAAUGGACGCGGGAGCUGCUCCCUCAUGAGCAGCUCGUUGCUCGUCGUAGGGAGAACAAGAUACUCGGACGUCGCGUGCGUGGUCUUGCGGAGCGGGCUGGCCAGUUGAAUGUGAUUAGGCUGUAA